GCGGGUGGCCUGGACAGCUUUAGUGAGGGGAGCGAGUUUCUCAGUUGGAGCUGGUGUGCGGGGUUUGAGGGUUCUGAAGAAUCUGAGGUGUCUUCUCGCUGUCUCUUGGGGGCGGGGCGACAGCUGCCACCGCCUGGGCCGCGGCCUAGCGCCCUCUUGUGGGGCCCCUUGUGUCCCCCGCCAUGCCCACGGCCGCGGCCCCCAUCAUCAGCUCGGUGCAGAAGCUGGUUCUGUACGAGACCCGAGCUAGGUAUUUUCUAGUUGGGAGCAAUCAUGCAGAAACGAAAUAUCGUGUCUUGAAAAUUGAUAGAACAGAACCAAAAGAUUUGGUUAUAAUUGAUGAUAGGCAUGUAUAUACUCAGCAAGAAGUACGGGAACUUCUUGGCCGCUUAGAUCUGGGAAAUAGGACAAAAAUGGGACAGAAAGGAUCCUCUGGGUUAUUCCGAGCUGUGUCAGCAUUUGGUGUUGUCGGGUUUGUCAGGUUUUUAGAAGGUUAUUAUAUUGUGCUGAUAACCAAACAGAGGAAGAUGGCAGAUAUUGGAGGUCAUGCAAUAUAUAAGAUUGAAGAUACCAAUAUGAUCUAUAUCCCCAAUGAUUCUGUACGGAUUUCUCAUCCUGAUGAAGCUAGGUAUCUACGAAUAUUUCAAAAUGUGGACCUAUCUAGCAAUUUUUACUUUAGUUACAGCUAUGAUUUGUCCCACUCACUUCAAUAUAAUCUUACUGUCUUGCGAAUGCCCCUGGAGAUGUUAAAGUCAGAAACAACCCAGACUCGCCAGGAGAGUUUUGACAUUUUUGAAGAUGAAGGAUUAAUUACACAGGGUGGAAGUGGUGUAUUUGGGAUCUGUAGUGAGCCUUAUAUGAAGUACGUGUGGAAUGGUGAACUUCUGGAAAUAAUUAAAAAUACUGUGCAUCGUGACUGGUUGUUAUAUAUCAUUCAUGGAUUCUGUGGACAGUCAAAACUGUUGAUCUAUGGACGUCCAGUCUAUGUUACUCUAAUAGCCAGAAGAUCCAGUAAGUUUGCUGGGACCCGUUUUCUCAAGAGAGGAGCAAACUGUGAGGGUGAUGUUGCAAAUGAAGUGGAGACUGAACAGAUACUUUGUGAUGCUUCUGUGAUGUCUUUCACUGCUGGCAGUUAUUCUUCUUAUGUGCAAGUUAGAGGAUCCGUUCCCUUGUACUGGUCCCAGGACAUCUCCACUAUGAUGCCUAAGCCACCUAUUACAUUGGACCAGGCGGAUCCAUUUGCACAUGUGGCUGCUCUUCACUUUGAUCAGAUGCUUCAGAGGUUUGGCUCUCCCAUCAUCAUCCUGAAUUUAGUGAAGGAAAGAGAAAAAAGAAAGCAUGAGAGAAUACUGAGUGAAGAACUUGUUGCUGCUGUGACCUAUCUUAAUCAGUUCCUGCCUCCUGAGCACACCAUUGUCUACAUCCCCUGGGAUAUGGCCAAGUACACGAAAAGCAAGCUGUGUAAUGUUCUCGAUCGACUGAAUGUGAUUGCAGAAAGUGUGGUGAAGAAAACAGGUUUCUUUGUAAACCGCCCUGAUUCUUACUGUAGCAUUUUACGGCCAGAUGAAAAGUGGAAUGAACUAGGAGGAUGUGUGAUUCCCACUGGUCGCCUACAGACUGGCAUUCUUCGAACCAACUGUGUGGACUGUUUAGAUCGCACCAACACAGCACAGUUUAUGGUGGGAAAAUGUGCUCUGGCUUAUCAGCUGUAUUCUUUGGGAUUGAUUGACAAACCUAAUCUACAGUUUGAUACAGAUGCAGUGAGGUUAUUUGAGGAGCUCUAUGAAGAUCAUGGUGAUACCCUGUCUCUUCAGUAUGGUGGCUCUCAACUUGUUCACCGGGUAAAAACCUACAGAAAGAUAGCACCUUGGACCCAACACUCAAAAGACAUCAUGCAGACUCUCUCUAGGUAUUACAGCAAUGCUUUCUCAGAUGCUGAUAGACAAGAUUCUAUCAAUCUCUUCCUGGGAGUUUUCCAUCCCACUGAAGGGAAACCGCAUCUCUGGGAACUCCCAACAGAUUUUUAUUUACAUCACAAAAAUACCAUGAGACUUCUACCAACAAGAAGAAGUUAUACUUACUGGUGGACACCAGAAGUGAUAAAGCAUUUGCCAUUACCUUAUGAUGAAGUUAUUUGUGCUGCGAACUUAAAGAAAUUAAUAGUGAAGAAAUUUCACAGACAUGAAGAAGAAAUUGAUAUCCACAAUGAGUUCUUUCGGCCAUAUGAAUUGAGUAGUUUUGAUGAUACCUUUUGCUUGGCUAUGACAAGUUCAGCACGUGACUUUAUGCCUAAGACUGUUGGCAUAGAUCCAAGUCCAUUUACUGUGCGGAAACCAGAUGAAACUGGAAAAUCCGUCUUGGGAAAUAAAAGCAAUCGAGAAGAAGCUGUAUUGCAGCGGAAAACUGCAGCCAGUGCCCCGCCACCCCCCAGUGAGGAGGCCGUGUCCAGCAGCUCUGAGGAUGACUCUGGGACAGACCGUGAGGAUGAGGGGUCUGUGUCUCAGCGCUCCACCCCUGUGAAGAUGACUGACACAGGAGACAGCACCAAAGCCACUGAGAAUUUGGUUCAACCCAUGAAAGAAGUGUAUGGAAUUAAUCUCUCAGAUAGCCUCUCUGAGGAAGAUUUCUCCAUUUAUUCAAGAUUUGUUCAGCUUGGGCAGAAUCAACAUAAACAAGACAAAAACAGCCAACAGCUCUGUUCCAGGUGCUCAGAUGGAGUUAUAAAACUGAUGCCCAUCUCAGCUUUCUCACAAGACAACAUCUAUGAAGUUCAGCCACCAAGGGUAGACAGAAAAUCUACAGAGAUCUUCCAAGCCCACAUCCAGGCCAGCCAUGGUAUCAUGCAGCCCCUAGGGAGAGAGGAUACUUCCAUGUACCGAGAAUACAUCAGAAACCGCUACCUGUGAGGGGACGGAGGGCAAGGCCACCCAGUGUCCCUGAGAAGGAGCAAGAACAUCUGCAAGAAAGGCUUAGAUUUCUCUCUUGUCUCAUCUCCAAAGGUAAUUUCCCAGAAGUCCUUGCAUCUGAAGCUUUUCAUUGUUUUUGUACCAUGCAAAUGAAAAAUUAUAUAAGUAGUAAAGAAAUGACUGAAUAUGCUGCUAGUGCUGCCUUUGCCUUUUGUGAAUGUGGUCAAGGUACAAUCACAGCAUUACAUUUUGAAAUGUUCUGGGACUUUGUAAGCCUGCUGUGUCCCCAGCACUAGGCAAUGUCUAAGGAUGUCACAGUCAUCAAACUAGGCCAAAGUUAACAGCUUUAAAUUUAUUCUCAUUUUUUUAUGUUAACCUUAUAAUUCUAUCAAAAAAUGCUAUUACUCAGAAACCCCUUUUCUUAGGAAAUAAAUGUUUUUCAAUGGUUUAGGGAAAAAAGACGAUCGAGCAAGUGGAGGGAAGCAAUUGGUAACUAGUAAAUCUUAGUAGUAGUUCUUUGGACUAGUCUAACAAUGUAUCUGCAAGUAUAGAGUUAUAUCAAAUCAAAGCAUUAAUUUUGGCACAAUGACAUAAUUUGUAAUCCUAAUACUUGAAAAGCAGAUGUAGGAAGAUUACAAAUUCAAGGCCAGUCUGAGUUACAUAGUGAGACCCUGUAUCAACAAGAUAAAUAAAUGAGAGAGAGAGAAUAAAACAUUAUAAAAUUGUUAUCCUAAAUAACUUGUGGUGUACAUUUACAACAUAAUUUGGUAUGUAGGAAGGUAGGGACUUGGUCACAUACAGGACUGGUUUGAUCUCUGUAUAGUCAGACCCUAAUGUAACAACUUCCUGGAUUUUCUAACCAUUUGACAGAAUGAACUUCAGUUCCUUUUGUGUAAGCUCAUAUUACAAAUUGUUUCAGUUCUCUCUCUACCCGGCCCCCCCGCCCCCAUAGAGAAGAGAACCAAACUAUCCAAUGGGAAAAGGAAAACUGGUUAGCCAAAGAGACCUGGAAAGUAUUGGCAAUCCUGAAAUGCUAGAAUUCUGUUGAAGGUCCUACAUUGUAAACCAGAGUUAAAUAUCCACUUAUCCUGAAGUCAAGGUUCCAAGGUAAAAGGGAUUUUGUGUUGGAGCAGUUUUGAUCUCUAACACAGUAGCUUAUGUGGGAUAGCAUAGGAAUCUCCCCAAGUCACAGAAUAAUUCCCAAGUUGCUACCAAGGUGACAAUUAUAGAUCAGAUAUUAAGCUUCAUUUUUAAACUUAUUUUUAACAUGUCUUCUGGAGGCCCACCUACAAUAAUGAGAAUGAACUUUAUACUAAGACCUCUAAGAUGAUCUGGAAUGCAGAUCUUUUGUUUUGUUUUGUUUUGUUUAUUGUUGUUGUAGAGUUGAUAUACAAAAGGGUUACAGUUAUAUGAAUCAGGUGAUGAGUACAAUUCUUUUUUGAAUCAUGUCUCCCCUCACUCUCUCCCAGUUUUUCCUUUCUGAUCCAACCCACAAGAUACACAGUUCAUUUUUCACAUAGUGUCUAGUAGGUACCAUACUUGUUCCAGCUUUUCUGUGCCCCUCCCCCCCAUUGC